CAACGCUUCCUCUCACUCAAAUUCUAUCUGUUUGAUCUCGGUUAUCCGGUAGCAUUUUUUGACCACUUGCAGUGUUCGUUAACCACCUGAACUAGCUAAUGUAGUUGGCAAAUACUGUACUAACUUGUUGUGGCUAGAUAGCUAUAAUGUAGCUAGUUCAUUUUAAUCGCUUUUUCCGGGUUCUAACGCUUCUCCGGGCAAGGAUAAAUCAAGUUUCUGGGCAUACAUUUCUGGAAACUGGCUCUGCCCGCCAUGCUGUCCCGUUUGAGUGCGAGUUCCUCCCCCAUCUCCCCUGUCCUGUUCCUGACAGUAGAUGGGGAAUCCAUGCGUUUCUUCCUUCGGCCCGGCCCAACCAAAGUUCAGCUGCAGCCCAUCAUCAAGGCAGGAGGAGGGUUUGUGUGCAGGGUACAGGAGCCUGGGACUAUCCUACUUGCUGACCCGGACGAGAUGGGGUCCAACCCGGGUUCAGCGGCCCACGGGUAUGUGUCCACUCAGUAUAUCCGAGACUGUGUGGAGAAGAACCAGCAGCUGGAGGUCGAGGAUUACCUCUUCAAGCCUGGCGACCUACAGGUGAACGUCCUGUCCGGGUCGGAGAGAAAAAGGGGAAGAACCAGUGGGCGCAUGAUGUACACCCCAGAGGAUGAUGCGGCCAUCCUGAAGUACGUCUCGGAGCACGAGGGUGAGGUGCGGGGGAACACUUUUUGGCGGGAAAUGGAGAAGAACGGUCUGACCAAUCACAGCUGGCAGUCCAUGAAGGACCGCUACAGGAAGUAUCUCAGAGACCGACAGCCCAAGAAUGCAGCUUCUGCCCUGGAGGAGAAACGAGGGAACUCGUCCGAGGAAGACGCCGGACCGCAGCCUUCCUCACCUCAGGGAGACAGUCCACUUUCGUCGGAUAUUACUCCUGUAGGAGCGGGGACAGAGGAGCGACCCGUGGAGUGUGCGACAGCAGCCUCACCCCAACCAGAGACUGAGCAAUCUUCGUCAGGUAAAGCGCCACCAGGCCCGGCCCAGCCUGACUGUACUAUGACUCAGUGGGUCCCAUCUAAAACAAAACACCGUCUGUCUCCGGACGGGGGAACACAACCCCAGCCGGUGUUUGAGGAGGCUGCCGUCCCCCCAUUCCCUAAAAGAGCCAGAUCAGACAGUGGAACGGUAAUGGUGGAGGUGGUCCUGGACAAACUGACCUACCAAUCACCAGGGGCUACAACCUCCAACGCAACAGAGGGGCAGGUGGGAAAGAAAAGGGCCAAGAAGCGAAAACUGGGCAUCCUUGAGAGGGCAGUGAGAGAAUUUGAGGGUUCGGAUGAGUCAGUUCAUGAUGAGGAUGAUGACGAAACUCCAGAUCUGGCUGAAAGCGUUGCUCCAUCCUCGGCAUCCCGUACAACACAACCAGGAUCCGGCCAGGAGACCCAGACGUCAGCCUCAGCCCCCCAGCCAGAGAACGGCUCCCCUAAGCCAAAGAAAUCGCACCGGUCCCCGGCCCAGGAGAAGCGCUCAGAGACACAGCCUGGGUACCAACCGCCUGAGGCCGGAGGUCCGGCAAAAAUUGCCAAGAGCAUCCCUGUCACGGAAGAACCUGCUGCCCCGUCAGCUUCUUCAGCACUGGGUAGUCCUGGCCCAAAUACUCUCCCCUCCACCUCCACAGCUCCUCACCUGUUCCUGUUUGAGCAUGAGUCUCAACAGGUGGAGGAAGAUGAGGCAUCCCAGCCUCUUACCCAGCUCCAGCUUGACCAGGCCAAGCAGCAUCUCCUCAGCCUGAUUAAGGACUCGAAACUGGGGCUUGUCGACAUCACCAAGGCCCUUCUGAAAAACAGUGGAGUCGUCUCUGCUGCUUUGCAAGACCCACUGAUUUUGCCCAAUCCAGUGGACGGGGCUUGGCAGGGCCCUCGAUGGGAACGUUGUGAUGACCGCCUGCUGCUUUCCGGUGACACUUCGGAACUGCAAAAGAAGUUUGGAGAAAGGGGGAUUGCCAGGAGGUUGGCUUUCCUUGACGCAGACUGACACUGCUGGUUCAUUUUGGCCCGUUGUUUUGUCACGUCGUGGGGUGGAUUUUGUAUAAUCUCUUUAUUUAAUCUCUUUGUAAUUAUAUGAUCUGUCUUCUUUAUGUUCAUUAGCUGCAAGGCAACACUCACAUUUGCACCUCUGGGCCAGCAUAACCCACAACAAGCCUCGAGUGGUUGAUUUGUACGUGACCAUUUGUCGUUUAAUUUCGUUGCUGUGACGUACUGGAUGCUGUGUAAUGUGUUAUGAAUAAGAGAUUGAAGUAUACUGCUUUUAACAGACUGACUGCCUGAACUUGAUCCACAACAGGUUCAUCCAUUUUUAACCAUUUAUCGUUCUUGCCUGUGGCAUGAACAGUUUUCCAAGACUGUGCUUCAUUAAUUUUGUGCCAAGUUUAAGAAAGCAUAUUUUAAAAUGUAUUUUUUUCACCUUUAAUAAUGUAUGAAUUGGAAUUAAAAUGUUCUUAUCUAGA